AUGAGAUUUAUUUUAAAGGAGCGCCUAGGUUGGGCUGACGGAGAAAACGCCGUUCUCAAGCCACGGGGAGCCCCCUUCGAGUUCGACGAGGACAUCCGUAUUCUGUAUAACGAUUGGCCUUAUGGAGUCGACACCGAUAUCAUCCACCUUGUAGUCUGGACCAAGUUCGAGCUACCAGAUGACCCCGCCACAGGAAUGCUAACAGCAGAGGCGCACCAGGCGAUCGAACAAUACGUUCAGCGCACCUUUGGGUCACGAAUGGCGGCUGAGGAUCUGGUGUGGUUCAAGAACUGGAAAUCGCUGAAGUCCGUCCAGGCGGUGGAACAUUUCCACGUCAUGCUCCAUCAGCCAGAUAUGGAAUUUGUCAAGGAGAUCACCGGUGGGGACGUGCCUCUCAUCGACCAGGUGUGA